AUGGAUCGACCGCUUUACUUGGAUACCCAAUUCGGCCAAGGUCAAGAGCAAGGAAACGGUCCACGAUACUCGUUUAUCAAUACGCCGAGAGACAUGCAAGGCUCCGAUGAUCUGCACCCUUCCAUGUUCACUGCACCUCACGCACAAGCUGUCCACGAUUCCGCGAUCGUUGAGCCUGCACUCCGUAUGCAACACCAUCAGCCUUCAACCACUUUCCCUUUACAGCAUGCCCAGCAUAACCAGUAUCGAGAUUGCAAAGAAACCCCACAAUCGACACAACACGGAUCUCCCGUACAAUAUAAGUCUCCCGAAACAAGUACUGGAUAUAGCGAUGAAAAGGCACACCUGCGCCCAUACGUACAAUGUCCGCCGGUGGAGCAACAUCCAGCGUUUCACAUACCUCCUAAUUCUCCUGAUCGCCAGUCGCAACUCUCGCCUCUACCGCCAAAAUACCCACACGAUGAGGCUCCAUCCCAUGGGAUUCAAAGAAGGGCAACAUUUCCAGUCGAACCGGACGCCAAUCCAUUACAAUCGCCGCAAGCCAUUUAUUUCCCACCUCCGGCAACACCUGCGGUGCCUUCGUCGCAGGAACCCCCGAUGAACGACCUGGGCGCCUUUCAUCACCCCGGUCAAUCCAUGCAUCCAAUCCAAGAAGCGCAUGGUGGAAGCUGGAACCAUGAACUAUGCGAAUGUUCCAAUGUUGGCACGUGCUGUUUGGGUAUCACCUGUCCGUGUAUCCUCUAUGGGAGAACUCAGCAUCGUCUAGCCAUGAAGUCUCGAAAGCAAGACCCCACCAAUAUGCUGGGAUAUAAUCUAUUGAACGGUUCAUGUACAGGCAUGGCUUUGCUGUGUGGCUGCCAAUGGUUACUCGCUACCGUUCAGCAUGCUCGGACGCGCAAGGCGUAUGGUAUUGAGGGAGACAUUUGCACCGACUGUGUCCGGGCCACCUGCUGUACCUGUUGCACAUUGAUUCAAGACGAAAAGGAGAUCCAAACCCGGGAGGAGCGUAGGGAGAGGGCGGCCCGAGAGCGAGGCGCAACUCUAUCAUCCCCGUAUUCGGCUCCUACCUCCAUGAUAUAUCCAGGGCCGCCCGCGAAGUGA